AUGAAGUUUCUUGGCGUUCUCUCGUCGUUAGCCAUUCUGGCCAGCAACGUUCUAGCGGCAUCCCGCACGUCACCACCAUCGGGCUCGAUUGUGGUUGCCAAGUCCGGAGGCCAAUACACUUCUCUUCAAGCUGCCAUCAACUCGAUCUCUACAAGCUCCACGGCGACUUUCACCAUCUUCAUCCAGCCCGGAACUUACUCUGGCCAAGUCUCAAUUCCCAGCCUCAAGGGCAAGCUGGUGAUAUAUGCCUACACGAACAACGACCAGGACUACACUCAAAACCAAGUCACUUUGACUAACACCCUUUCCGCUGCCGAUGCCGGAAGCAACGACCUCUCAGCCACCCUCCGUGUCGCCACCAACUACUUCAGCCUUUACAACGUCAAUCUGAUCAACGGCUACGGAAAGGGCUCUCAGGCUCUGGCAAUCUCUGCCAACGGUCAAUACCAAGCCUACUAUGGCUGCAGCUUUGUUGGCUACCAGGACACCAUCUACACCAACAAGCCGCACCAAGUCUACAAGAACAGCUACAUCGAGGGCGCGACAGACUUCAUCUUCGGCAACGACGGAAACGCGUGGUUCGAGAAGUGCACCAUUGCGAUUAACGGCGCUGGCUACAUCACUGCCAGUGGACGCGACAGUGCCGAUGCCUACUGGUACGUCCUCAACAAGGCCAAGAUCGCGGCCAAGUCUGGCUCCGGUGUCGCCAAGGAGUCAACCGUCCUAGGCCGUCCUUGGAGGGAGUACGCUCGCGUCGUUGUCCAGAACUCCGACCUCAGCAACGUUGUCAAGCCGGUCGGAUGGUCUGCUUGGGGAACGAACCCGACCGGCAACGUGUACUACGCGGAGUACGGCAACACUGGUACUGGCGCAAGCGGAACCCGGGUCAGCUGGGCGAAGAAGCUCUCCAGCCCCGUCUCUAUCGACUCCAUCCUUCCAGGCUACACCUCUUGGGUUGAUAUGACCUACUGGAACUCAUCUUAG